CUCUACUGGGUUGGGGCUCGGCUAAGGAGUUUCUAAGCUAGAUGUGCCCAUUUUCGCUCCGCAACCCUCUACACGCCUCAGUGUGUCCCUUGCCUUCCAGCUUGGUGAUGGCCGUAGGCGGUCCAUCUUGACUGUUGUCGCGCUGCUUGUAGCGCUUUCCCUGGCGCUCCGUUGAUCGCCCGCUCUUUCCAUUCAGGCAGUGCACGAACGCCCCCCAAGGCCACCAUGGAUUCAAACACUUCGCUGCCUACGCCUGAGCAAUACCGUACCUUGGUAAAGCGUCUCCAGAGCAGUAAUUUCCUCCUCAACAAACAACUACAGCACAUCUGUCUAGUCAACGGGUUACGAACAUCGGGGGUCAAAGCUGAGCUGCAGCGGCGCAUCCUUGACGCACUCGAACGAGCCUACUCGUCAGGCGACCCACGGGCAUACCGCGACAUCGAGGCAAGCAUACAACGCGAGAAAACCGGCGGUUUACCUGCACCACAUGAAGCCCUCCAAUCACCCCUGCCCGGUCCCAACAGUGCUCAAAGCCUGUCCCCAAACAUGAAUUACGGCUACCAGAAUGGCUACCCUGGCUACGGAGGCGUCAAUGGUCAGCGGUCGCAUCAGAUGCCUCCUCAGGGUAUGUUUGUGUCUGGGCCUCCUGUACCUCGUCCUGAUCGCGUGCUGAGCGUCCAAGGAUUUCAUUUUAAACCAAGCCCCUUCUACCAAGUCAUGGGCAGGAUAGGACAGGUUCACACCUGUGAAGUCAUGCAAAAUCACAGAAAUUGCACCAACAUCCAGAUCAAGGCCCAAGACAACCCACUCCUUGCGCGAUGUGUCACUGAGAAAGACAUGAGAGUGUUCGUAUUCUGUGCCGCAGGCAACCAAGGCCCGCAAGACAUCGCAUUCCCACAUCAGUCUGAACUGAAGGUGAAUGGUGGUGACGUCAAGGCCAAUCUGCGAGGCUUGAAGAACAAGCCAGGCUCUACCAGGCCUGUUGAUAUAACGGAUCUUCUUCGGCUCAAGAUCCCCAAUUACGCCAAUAAUAUCGAAUUCACCUACGCGUUGACCCAGAAGAGAUUCUACCUUGUGGUUAACGUCUGCAAGACGACUCCUGUGGACAGCCUCGUAAGGAACAUCACUGGCAAAAGGAUCUCAAAAGCCUCGGUCCUGCAAGAACUUACGAGGAAAGCACAUGACGCGGAGAUUGAGAUGUCCUCCCAGGUCCUCUCGCUGAAGUGUCCCCUUUCGUAUAUGAGACUUGUCACGCCGUGCCGCGCGACGACAUGCACUCAUGUACAGUGUUUUGAUGCCACCUCGUAUCUUCAGCUACAGCAGCAGGGCCCGCAGUGGCUGUGUCCUGUUUGCAGCAACAGCGCACCUUAUGAGAGGCUCGCAAUUGACGAGUAUGUGAGGGACAUCUUGGACAGGACUUCUCGGACCGUGGAACAAGUCGACAUCGAGCCUAACGGUAAAUGGAAGGCCCAUGGCAGCGUUGAGGAGGAGCUAGAGCAAGAGCUACAACAUGAAGCUUUUGCCAUCGACGACGACGACUUUGUCAUCUCGGAGAGCAGUUACGUCGGCAACCGCGGGACAAACACACCCAACACCCUGGCUCCAACCACCAGCACUCCGACACCAGUCACUGCGGCCUCUCGCGAAGGCUCUUCUAUGCCGAGAUCGGGAGGCAACAAACGUACCCACGAAGUUAUCGACUUGACGCUAUCAGAAGACGAGGAGCCGCCGGAGCCGCCGCGAAAGAAGGUGCAGUACGGGGCCGGCUCUGCCUACUCGUCGUAUCUAGGCUAGGCCUGAUGGCAGGCAGGAAAGACAGGCCUGCAGUCCGUGUACAUUGAGGACUGGCGUAUCUUAAUGAAUUUCGUGGCCCAUUGCUACUUCGCCAUGGGCUUAUUCUAUCGGAGGGAAAGGAAGAUCUCACUCUGGCAUUGCAUGGCGUUGGAGGACAGGAUGAAAAUACCAAAUAUCAUGUGGCUGAAAUGAGCUUGAUUGGACAGGCCGAGAGAGGCCCCAUGGAGUUUAGAUGCACCAGAAAGCACGGUAGUCAGAGGGGUCACUUGUGUUGUAAAGUACGGGCCGUGGCAGUGAACGUCUUUUUUGCUCUUAAUAGGAAAUCAAAGAGGCAAUUCGUGAUGCUUUCCACGGGAUGAUGAUGGGGCCGCUGCUACUCUUUACUUUCUCGGCGGGUCUUGAAAAUGAGAAGAGGCGUGGGUCUAUGUAUCUCUCUGUGUAUGACUGUAGGUAUGCUUCUCGUACUUCGGAGAUGCACGACCAGGGUUAUUUCGGCGGAAGCAGCGGGAGCCAUGUCACCAUCUCUCGCGAGGACCCGCAACAGCUUUUAAGGUACCCGCAGA